AUGACUCUGCCCCACAGCCCCGGAAAUGUGGGGGAGCCCCGGCCCCCCCAGGCCGUGGAGGUCCACCGGCUGGAACACCGCCAGGAGGAGGAGCACAAGGAGGAACGGCAGCACAGCCUGCACAUGGGCUCCUCAGUGCGGAGGCGGACCUUCCGCACCAGCGAGGAAGAGUAUCAGUUCAGCGCCGCAGACUACGCCCUCGCAGCAGCCCUGGCUCUGACAGCCUCCAAAGAGACAUCUUGGGAGGCUCAGCUGAGGCGCCAGACCUCCGCGGUGGAGCUGGAGAAGCGAGGGCAGAAGCGGGUGGGCUUCGGCAAUGACUGGGAGAGGACGGAGAUCGCCUUCCUUCGGACCCAGUGGCUACUGCGCCAGAGACGCGACCGGAAGGCGCUGAGACGGCGGACAGAGGAGAAGGUCCGGGAGGCCAGGGAGCUGAGGGAGUUGUGUUCCGGCCGGGGGCCCUGGUUCUGGAUCCCUCUGCGUUCCCACGCCGUCUGGGAGCAUGCCACAGUCCUGCUGACCUGUACCGUCAAGGCCUCACCUCCCCCCCAGGUCACCUGGUACAAAAAUGACAUGCGAAUCGAUCCCCGCCUCUUUCCUGCUGGAAAGUACCGAAUCACCAACAACUAUGGGCUGCUGACGCUGGAGAUUAGGAGAUGCACCAUUGAGGACGCAGCCACCUACACGGUGCUGGUGAAGAAUGCCUAUGGCCAGGCCUCCUCCUUCGCCAAAGUCCUCGUCCGAACUUAUGUGGGGAAGGAAGCUGGCUUCGAUUCGGAGAUCUUUAAAAGACUGAUGCUUGGCUCCAGCGUGGAAUUCACAUCGGUGCUGAAGCCAGUCUUUGCCCGAGAGAAGGAGCCCUUCUCCCUGUCCUGCUUAUUUUCGGAAGAUGUGUUAGAUGCUGAACAGAACAUCCAGUGGUACCGAGAUGGGAGACUACUGAGAGCCUCAGGUCGCCGACAGACCCUCUACGCAGACCGCCAGGCAUGCCUGAAGGUGUCCUGUGCCUAUAAGGAGGAUGAGGGGCUCUACACUAUCCAGGUGCCUUCACCCUUCGGGCCCCAGGAGCAGAGCACCUACGUGUUCGUGAGAGAUGCGGCAGCCGAGAAGCCGGGGGCCCCAGGCUCCCCUCUGAAUGUCCGCUGCCUGAAUGUGAACAGAGACUGCCUCACCCUGACCUGGACCCCGCCCAGCGACACCCGGGGCAGCCCCAUCACCAGCUACAGCAUUGAGCGGUGCCAGGGCGAGUCUGGGCAGUGGGUGCCCUGCCACGUGGCCCCCGGUGGGACCUGCCGGUGCCCCGUCCAAGGCCUCAUCGAAGGCCAGAGCUAUCGGUUCCGGGUGAGAGCCGUGAGCAGGGCGGGAAGCAGCCUCCCCUCCAAGGCUUCAGACGUGGUUGUCAUGGGCGACCGUGAUGAAGCCCGGAGAAAGAAAGAGAUCCCCUUUGACCUGGGAAACAAGAUCACGGUCAGCACAGAUGAUUUUGAAGACUUUGUGACCAUCCCGUCACCCCCGACCAAUGUCCACGCCAGUGAGAUCCGUGAUGCCUACGUGGUUCUGGGCUGGGAUGAGCCAAGGCCCCGGGGCAAAGCCCCACUGACGUACUCUCUGGAGAAGUCGGUCAUAGGUAGUGGCACCUGGGAGGCCAUCAUCUCAGAAACCCCUGUGAAAUCCCCAAGAUUCGCCCUUUUGGAUCUGGAGAAAGGGAAGUCCUAUGUCUUCAGAGUGCGAUCAAUAAACCAGUACGGCAUGAGCGAUGCAUCAGAGCCCAGCGAGCCCAUCGCCUUGAGGGGGAAGCCAGCUACUCUGCCUCCUCCAGCUCAAGUUCAAGCAUUCCGAGACACGCAGACCUCUGUGUCCCUGACCUGGGACCCCGUGAAAGACAGCCCAGAGCUCCUUGGUUAUUACAUCUACUCCCGGGAGGCAGGAUCAUCUGAGUGGCAAACGGUUAACAACAAACCCAUCCAGGGCAACAAGUUUACAGUUCCCGGGCUGAGGACCGGGAAGGAGUACGAGUUUUGUGUCCGAUCAGUCAGCGAGGCGGGGGUAGGUGAGAGCUCAGCUAUCACGGAGCCCAUCAGGGUCAAGCAGGCUCUGGCCACACCAUCUGCCCCAUAUGACUUCGCGCUCCUGAGCUGUGGGAAAAAUGAUAUGGUCAUUGGGUGGAAGCCCCCCAAGCGUCGUGGAGGCGGCAAGAUCCUGGGCUACUUCCUGGACCAGCAUGACUCAGAGGAGCUGGACUGGCACCCAGUCAACCAGCAGCCCAUCCCCACCCGGGUCUGCAAGGUCAGUAACCUUCGCGAAGGCCACUUCUAUGAGUUCCGUGCCCGGGCAGCAAACUGGGCCGGCGUUGGUGAGCUGUCGGCGCCCAGCAGCCUGUUUGAGUGCAAAGAGUGGACGAUGCCCCAACCAGGCCCCCCAUAUGAAGUGCAGGCGUUGGAGGUGCGGGCCACCUCCCUGAUGCUGAAGUGGGAGUCCCCGCUGUACACUGGGGCUGGCCCCGUCACAGGCUACCUCAUCAGUGUCCAGGAGGAAGGCUCUGAACAGUGGAAGCCAGUCACCCCAGACCUCAUCUCUGGCACCCACCUGCGGAUCUCUGACCUGCAGCCGGGAAAGACUUACAAGUUCCAGGUUCAGGCCGUGAAUUCAGCUGGUCCAGGACAGCCAUCCAUGCCCACUGACCCCAUACUCCUGGAAGACAAGCCAGAUGCCCGAGAGAUCGAGGUUGGCGUGGAUGAAGAGGGCUCUAUCUACUUGGCUUUCGAAGCCCCCGAGGCCCCUGACUCAUCGGAGUUUCAGUGGUCCAAGGACUACAAGGGCCCGCCAGACCCCCAGAGGGUCAAGGUCGAGGAGAAAGCUAACAAGUCCAAGGUCAUCCUGAAAGAUCCUGGCCUUGAGGAUUUGGGCACCUACUCAGUAGUGGUCACGGAUGCUGAUGAAGACAUCUCGGCCAGCCACACGCUGACGGAGGAAGAGUUGAACAAGCUGAAGAAGUUGAGCCAUGAGAUCAGAAACCCAGUGAUCAAGCUGAUCUCUGGCUGGAACGUCGACAUCCUUGAGCAAGGAGAGGUGCGGCUGUGGCUGGAAGUAGAAAAGUUAUCACCCGCCGCUGAGCUGCAUCUAAUCUUCAACGAGAAGGAAAUCUUCAGCUCACCGGGCCGCAAAAUCAACUUUGACCGAGAGAAGGGCCUGGUGGAAGUGAUCAUCCAGAACUUGUCGGAGGAUGACAAAGGGUCGUAUACUGCUCAGCUCCAGGACGGGAAAGCCAAGAACCAGAUCACCCUGGCACUGGUGGAUGACGAUUUCGACAAACUUCUGAGGAAAGCAGACGCUAAGAGAAGAGACUGGAAGAGAAAGCAGGGUCCCUAUUUCGAGGAGCCCUUGCAGUGGAAGGUCACGGAGGACUGCCAAGUGCUGCUGACAUGCAAGGCAACAAACACCAAGACGGAAACCUGCUUCCAGUGGUUCUUCCAGAAGAAAGAGACACCGGCCGGUCAGUAAGACCCACAGACGGGAGUGGGAAUCCUGUGCAUCGAAGAGCUGUCCAAAGAGGACAAGGGAAUUUAUAGAGCAACGGUUUCUGACAGCCGAGGGGAGGAUGACACCCUCCUAGACCUCACAGGUGAAGCCCUGGAUGACAUCUACACUGAGCUGGGAAGGAUUGGUGCCCUCUCUGCAACCCCGCUGAAAUUCCAAGGGACCGAGGAAGGAAUCCGGAUCUUCAGCAAGGUCAAGUACUACAAUAUCCAGUACAUGAAAACCACCUGGUUCCACAAAGAAAAACGCCUGGAGAGUGGUGAUCGGGUGAGGGCUGGCACCACCCUGGAUGAGAUUUGGCUCCACAUCCUGGACCCCAAAGAUUCAGACAAGGGCAAAUACACCCUGGAGAUAGCCGCUGGGAAGGAGACCCGGACACUCUCAGCUGACCUCUCGGGACAAGCUUUUGACGAAGCCUUUGCUGAGCACCAGAGACUGAAAGCCUUGGCCAUCAUUGAGAAGAAUCGUGCCAAAGUGGUGAGGGGCCUGCCAGACGUAGCCACCAUCAUGGAAGAUAAGACCCUGUGCCUGACCUGUGUCAUCUCUGGAGAUCCCACCCCUGAAAUCUCUUGGCUGAAGAAUGACCAGCCUGUCACCUUCCUUGACCGCUACCACAUGGAGGUGAAGGGGGCAGAGGUCACCAUCACCAUUGAAAGGGUCAACAGUGAGGACAGUGGGCGCUACGGCGUCUUCGUCAAGAACAAGUAUGGCUCUGAGACGGGCCAGGUCACCAUCAGCGUGUUUAAGCACGGGGAGGAGGCCAAGGUGCUGGAGAAAACGAGAGAGAACAUUCAGGCACAGCCUGAGGCCUAGUCUGCGUGGCCCUGUAGGGUCAACCAGUGGGUCACAGCCUGGCAUGGGGCCACCCGGCCGGGCAGGGGGGAAGGGCACAGGGUGGAACCCAGGAAGGGGGGUGAGAGUAGAGUGGCUACACUAAAGCGCAGAAGCAAACACCUUGCUGGGGUCCUGAGGGGUCUCGGGGUAGUGAGAUCGGCACCGGACUUGGCGUGGAGAAUUACGUGCAAGACUCCACUCCAAGUCCAAACUCUCCGGGGCCUUGCCUUUCUCAUCUGCUAAAUAGGAUUUCCUACUCCGAGGGAUUGUUUAUGAAAAAACCUUUAGAAACCAUAUUCCAGGGGUUCUCACCAGAAGGCACUUUGCCCCCCUCCCCCACAGGGGGCAUUGUCAAUGUCCAAACUUUUGGGUGUCUGCUGGCAUCUAGUAGAUAGAGGUCAAGGACGCUACUAAACCACAGUGCGCCCCCACGUAGAAUUAUCAGACCCCAAAGGCUAGUGGUGCCGAGGUUGAUGAGUCCUGCCAGAAACUGAUAGGUCACCACGUUCCCCGCUCUAGGGGUCUAUAUUUUCAAUUCGCUGAAGUUCAACAAACAUUUCAUCUGAGGCCCACAUGUGCCAGGCUGAGACUGUCCCUGGAAGCAGAGAUAAUCGAUACGCAGGCCCCACCCUCGAGGCUCCAGCCCAGCAGGAGACACAGAGACCUGGACAGAAAAGACUCCAGGAAAAAAGAAGGGUAAGGAUGACAAAACAGAUGCAAAGAAAGUGCCACUAGCGGUCAGAGGAGGGAGAUGUUCGUCCCAGGGGGGAAGGUGGCUCUAAAACACCUUCACAGAACUAGUGGGAUUGGGGUUGGACCCUGGAAAAGAAGUCCAGUUUGGCAACAGUUUUGGGAGGAGGACAUUUCAGGGUGACGCUGCCUGGGUGGCCUUGACCUCCAGGCUGGAGAGGUGGAGAACCUGGGGGCCCCCUCUAGCUCGGGGCCUCUGCCUGGCACGGCCUGAACUGGUUGGCCCUGUCUGAUGGACCUCAAUACGAAGCCGAUCGUGUCGCCGCGCUCCAGUGUCCCUUGUUUGUAAAAUAAGAUUUGGAGGGAGUGGGGUUUAUAAAAUGGUAGAUGCUGGUUGCACUAUUUUGGAACACCCUGAAAAUGAUAGAGGAGAAAAUAAAAAUCAUCGA